AUGAAGGUCGGGCUCUUCAGACCUUCAUCGACUGCGUCCCAGAGGCCAAGGACGGCGCGCCAGUCGAUCCGGGGCAGGAUAUCCGGUCCAAUCCCCAUUCCUAGCCCUGGCGACGACGACGAGUUUCCGAUACGCAAUCCGGGGACUGGCAUCGCCGCUAAGACGGCCGAUGAAGAGUUUCCUAUUCGGCAACGCGGGGCCGGUAUUGCUAGCCCCACGCCGUUCGACGAGGAAGCAGAGCAGUCCAGCACCGAUGCUAUCAAACCGCCGCAUGCCGAGGCGCAGCAGCCGCAGGGCGGCGACGGCACGGACGGCUCGGGCAGUUCUCGGGACGUCGCACAGAGCAUGGCUCCGGAGCCACCCGCCAACCCGCCUCCGGCGCCUCCUCCCGCGGCGUCCACCCCAUCUCCCGAGGCACCUACUCCGGCGCCAAGGCAAUCUCCACCUCGCCAUCGGACCAACCCGUCAAGCACGCUUCGCUACUCCCAAAUCAGCUCCGUCUCGACUGCACACACUGGGCAAGCCAAAGACGGCCAGCCGCAGAGGAAGAAGUCGACGCUCCGUGGCGCUCUCAGCAAACUCUUCGGGCGGAAGAAGAAGUCGGCAAGUCAGGGCUCGAACGAGGUGGCUCGCGAUGCAGGACUGGCCACUGGCCCCCAACAUCGUAGUGUAAGUCCCCAUACUGCACCCUAUAUACUUCCAGACGCAGCUGCGUACAGAUUCUCACACGUUUCCUUCACUCAGGAUCCUUCUGCUCUAAGUAGAACAAAUCUUGGUGAGCCGAAGCGAUCUGCGUCGCUACCCAUCACCGAAUUUGAUCGGGCUCUGCGGUCCCAUUCGAUAGGGCCGCAUGACAUGACCGCCAUAGAGACCGCCAGAAACUCGCUUCAUGCCGAUGGUAGUCCCACUCGAAGGAGAGCCGUGACUACCACAAGCCGGCUUUUGCUACAGCGGAGGGGAGAGCUCGGCGAGCACCUUGGCCUGUCCCCGCGACCAGCGAGCACCCAUGGGCGGGGCAGCCAUCUCACAGCGAAUGACGAUGACCCCAGCCAGAUCGGCAGGGCCAUCACCUCUGAUGCAUUUGGUAGUGAGAUUGGCCACCGGCGACGCUCGAGGUCAAUGUCUGGGCUGCAAGAGGCUGCUGACAACCGGACUUCCAUGAGGAGACGCAGCGACGAAAUUCGAUACUGGCGAGAGAGUUAUCCCGGCCCAAUGUCGCCCAUUUCAUCUGGCAAUGGCGACAACGACGAUACUGGUGCUCCUUCAUUCGCGCUCCCAGACUCGCCCGCUGUCGAGCGCACUCCCACUACGCCGCCCCAGCCGUUCAGCUUUGGGAACAUGGCCAACAUGAACGAGAUGGCCGGCAUGAGGAUAACCCAGGCCGCCAAUAUGGAGACUAGGAUAGGCACACUUGAGGGCCGAGUGCACAGAAUAGAGCGGGUCGUCGAGCAGCUAUGCCACACGGUGCCCGGGUUCAAAGCUCCGCUCAUGGAAGUGCAGCAAUCAGAUCAGAUCCCUCGUUCUGUACCGGCUUUCCCAGACCAGCCCUUCGCCUAUUCCAACGUUGCUCCGCCGACGAUUCCAGCGAUCUACCAAACAAUCGUGGCGGACCUGAAAGGUGGCAAUGGAAGCUCGUCUCGUUAUAGUAGUAGUCGCCACUCGGCUGAUGAUACUGAUGCCCACUCAUCGCGCAUGUCCUUCGGCGAGGGGCAAACGUACAUCGGCAGCCUUCACCCUCCUUCGAGCUCUGCCACACAGACCCGGGCUCAGCCUCUGGCUACUCAGCUCUCGCCCGGCGAUCGCCCUACAUCAACCACAACCGUCCGACCUGCUGUCAGUAUGCCUACUAUCGGUGGUUCCCGCACCCCUCCCGACGAGAACAGCGAAACGAACGUGGUCGCCGAGCUCGAGGCCGAGCGGGCUGCUCGUCAAGCCCUCGAAGCUCAAGUCAAGAAGCUGAGUGAACGCCUCAAUUUGCUCUCGACCACCAUGUUCGCCAUGGUCCGCGAUCCCCAGAAGUCGCGAAGCCACGAGCGUCUCAAGUCUGCUGUUGCCAACACGCCGUCGAGCACGACGCCUCCGGUGCCGCCUCUGAGGUCACCACCCGUUGGCAAGCCGCAUUCCAUUUUUGAGGACGACAGCGAUCUGGACGAGAUCAAGAAGAAGACAUCACACACUGGAUCGGCUACGCCCUCGGACGCAUUCUUGACUCCGAGAGAAGAGAUGGCCCCGCCUCAGUACGGGGCUUUUGGCGAGGAGCUCCGAGAUGAGAACGAGAACGAGGGCGAAGAUCCCCAGAGAAAGAGAGCUGCGAGAACGCUGAGUCUUAGCCAGUUGACACGAGGCAAGGGAGCGCAGAUCUGA